AUGAAGAGGAAGCCUCGCAGACCAGCUGGCUUCAAAUACAUCGCACAGCUCGAGAAAAGACUCUUGGGAGUAGAGGCUUUGCUAGGAGAAAGGUCAUUGGGAAAGCCAACUGUGCCUAACAUCAUUUCGCAUAAAGACCAGACGACGGCCGCAACAUUACCUGACACAGCAGCACUGAUCAAAUCUCACAAUGAAAGUAAUUCAUGGAUGCCAGAGAAUGAGCUACAAGUUCCCUCAUUCGAACAUACGAACAAUCCAGUUGAGUUUCGCCAUGGAGCUACAUUUCGAGUACCCGACCACGAUGCAACCGAUUGGUCUACGCUUGGAAGUUAUGUAACUGACCGUAUGUGGCCUCGUUCCGCUCCAGAAUCACGCCUAGUUGCUCUACCAGCGCGUCAGCAGCUACCCACAAAGGCAGUCGCUGAGGAGUUGAUUGAGGAAACUUUCAGUAACUAUAAUAGGUUUCUUCCACUUUUUCACGAAGAGGACUUUUUGAGAGAGUUUCACCUCAAAUAUUCGACUUCUAGUCCUAGGGAUGCUGGUUGGUGGGCAUGCCUCAAUGUUGUGCUGUCGAUAGCUCAUCGCCUCCGCGCCAUACGCACAUUAGAUCCGACACAGGAGCACAUUCUGGCUUAUGGCUAUGCACAAAACGCUCUCAGCGUCGUCUCCGAGCUGAAUGUCUCCGAUCGAAGUCUCUCUGCUGUCCAGGCUCUGGCGGGUAUGGCCUGCCUUCUUCAGGGCACACCGGAUCCGGAGCCAGCCGCAAUGCUCGUGGCCGCAGCUCUACGCUUGGCACAGCUUAUGAAUCUGCACAGAGAAUGUUCCAGCCCAGGAGUCACGGAAUCAGAAGCCGAGAAACGGAGGCGGGUGUUUUGGAAGGUGUAUAUUCUUGACAAGGAUGUUAGUCUACGGACGGGCCGACCCUUUGGUCAAGAUGAUGAUGACAUGGAUGUACUUUUGCCAUCAAAAGCAAGUCUUGAGUCCGGAAAUUUGGACCUGUUCAACUGUCGCAUAGGCCUUGCACUUGUUCAGGGGCAAGUGUAUAAACAAUUGUACUCGGUACGGGCUGGACGACAAACGGCUGCACAGAGAGCGAUUGCGGCACAGGAGUUGAGUUCUUUAUUAUCGUACUGGAAAUCCAGCGCGCAGCUGGAAAUACUAGAGGACUUCGCGGCAUUACCAGGGUUCCAACUUUCAGGCGAGAUGAUACACAAAGUGGUCCUACGACUCACAUAUCUUCAUUGCCUCACAAUGAUCGAUCGCCACUUGCCUCUAGCGGCGAAACCUUUCUCCAACCAAGAGCUCAGCCGGUCUGAACCAAUGUCACCCCCAGGUAGCCUAUGCGUCGCUGAGGCACGCAAAGCGAUCCGUCUUAUUGAAGCCAUCCCCCAAGGAGACUGUGCCUGUGUCUGGAUGCUUCUUCACGCUUUCUUCGCUGCAGCUAGCAGCAUGCUCCAUAAUUUGACACAUAAUCCCAUAUCGCCAAAUGCAAUUUCAGAUCUCAAUCUCAUCGAGCCAUUUCUACGUCUGUUGGAGACACUCGCCAAGGAUCCAAACACAAUCUCACAGUCCAAGGAGCUGGUGCAAAUGCAUCGCACUUGCAAAAGCUUAAACCUCAAGGCCAAAAAGGCUGUUCAACAUUUCAGUUCAAAACCUCUGGCGUCCUUUACAUAA